AUGUUGCUCCAUGAGGUCCUCUCGAGAGCCGCGUCCGAGACCGAUACCGACAGGGAUCACGACGUUGGGGUCGGCACGACUAUUGACACGAGUGACUAUGCUGCCGCGAAGAGAUACGCGGCUGCGGCCCUGCUAGCCGUCGCCAUUUAUAAUGCCAUCGAGAUGAUACCUAUUAUCUACUUCACCUUCUCGAGAUUCUCUGGUCUAUACUUCUGGAGCAUGGUAACUGCCGUGACUGGCGUUUUGAUUAAUGCCACUGGUUUCGUGUUGAAUAACUUCCAAUUGACGGGUAAUGACUACGACUGGAGAAUAUGGCAUCACGAAAUCCGAUACAAGCAUAUGCUAACUCGAGGCCGCCAGCAAACGCUCCCUACGAUAUUAACCACCACGUUCUGGGUCCCGAUGGUCUCCGGUCAAUCGCUCGUCCUCUACUCGCGCCUCUACCUCGUCAAUCUCGACAAGCGUAUCCGCCGCUACGUGCUGGCCAUGAUCAUCGUAAAUGGCGUGGUGCUGCACACCGCGACCGCGGUGACGGCCGCCGGAUCGAAUAGCAAGGUCUCGGAGCUCUUCAUUACGCCCUACGCCAUUAUCGAGCGCAUCCAGAUUACCAUCUUCUGCGUGCAGGAGUUUAUUCUAUCAGGCCUGUACGUGUGGAAGGCGUGGGGCUUCUUGGCCGUGUACCGGAGCGGCGGCAGCCAGACGCAGGAUAAGCUGCGGGCGAUGAUGCUGCAUCUCAUCCUGUCGAAUGUCGUGGUAGUUUCGUUGGAUAUCACGGUCAUUGUGCUCGAGUUCAUGGGCCUCUACUACCUUCAGGCUCUCACCGGCUGGUCCAAGCCCUCGACCAAGUUGCAACUGGUUGCCUACAAAGCAUUCGUCUACAGCGUCAAGCUGAAGUGCGAGGUCGGCAUCCUCAACAAAUUAGUCGACUUCGUCAAGUACACUAGUGCAAAACGGCAGCAGCACUCCAGCGACAGCUUCCGCAUGACGUCGCAGAUCGAGCGCGAGUGGGAGAAGACGCUACGGACGACGUUCGGCGUCACGGGGACGGCGUUCGGGGACGAGGACGAAGACGACGACCAUAAGCAGCAGCACAACCAGCAGCACCAAAAAGAGCUCCCCGGGGUGCCGAACAGGCCCAGGGAACCCCUCGGGGCCAUCGACGAGCGGCGCAGCAGCGGGAGCACCCGCGUCGACGGGGCUUCUAUGGAUGGCGGCUCUGGUGUGCGGCCGGAGGCGACGGCGCUUGCUGGGGCACCUGUGGGCUUGCGCGAGAGGCCAGCUAGUUUGGACGGGCCCGGCCAGCCGUUGUGGAAAUAG